AUGAACGACGUUACGACGGCUUUAAACACACCGAUUCGAACUUUGAAAUCUGGAAGUUCGGCCAAAAGUCUUCAGUUGACACCCGUUUGGGAGGAAGUUUUGAAAAAUAAUCGUCUUCCGCCGAAAAUAAGUCAAAAUUUAAUAUUUAACGAAAUAUCAAAUCGUUUGGAAGAUUAUGAAUGGCCCGUACGACAGCAUGCAUUUAGAGUUCUCCACGAUAUAAUUUCGGUUUUGCCAAAGGAUCGACUUGAUAAAAACAUUAACGAAAGUGAUAUAUUUAAAAAAAUGAUUAUCAACAUGGGUCAUUCGGCUCCGGGAAUAAGAAAAGUCGCAACGGAAAUCAUACAAAAAUAUUUUAAAGAAACUGGACAAUUUGAAAAAAAUUUAAAUGAAUAUUUGGAAUUUGGUAUCGUUGAUGAAUCACCAAUUAAUAAUGAACAAAUUGGAAUUUUAAGAGAAAAUGUCACGUUAGGAGUAAUAAUGUCUUUGAUUGACGUACUCAAACCUUUUAUAAAAUCUUCCAGCAGUAGACAUUAUUCAAUAACGCAUAAUUCCAUGGCGAAAAUAAUCGAAGGAAUCGUUGAAAAAACUAAAAAUUUAUAUUAUCGUGUGAGUUGUUUGGAAACUUUAUGGAAAUUACGAGAAUUGAUAGGUAAACAAAGAUUUUUAAAAAUUUUGGAAAGCAUACCGGAAAAUGACUUAAUAUUAGAUUUGAUGAAUUUAAGAGGAACACUUAAUGAAAGUACAACGUGGGAAAAUGAAUCCAAAUCCGAUAAUUAUUAUGAAGAAAUUAAAGAAUAUCCGACUGACACCAAUGCUGGAUCAGAUAAGGAAAUAAAAGAAAAACCUUACAUAAUCACAAACGAAACCAGCGAAGAGGAUACAGAUGGUACGGAUACGGAAACGUAUACCAAAGAACCAGCUGCAAAUGAUUUUGAUGAAAAUCAAAAUAUUAACGGUUCGGAAAACGCUUCUUUAGGUUUUAUACCUAUCGAUGAAAAAGUACAAAAAGAAGAAAGAUUGUGUCCAAUUACUCAUAAAAAAAGAUUUACAACCGAAGAUGGUGAUUUUGUAAUGAAAGUUCUUCCAAACAGCGAAGAUAUUAAAAGCGAAGAAAAAAUGAGAACACCUAGAAGAGUUAGGUUCGGGGGAGAGGUUAUCAAAUUAAGAACACCCGACAGCGAUACCACCGACGUGACAUUAGAAAUUCAAGAAAAUGAUAAUCGUCGUGAGGAAAAAUCAAAUUUAGAUUUGCCUAAUGCUAAAUUUCCCACCCCGAGUCAAAUCCCUGUUCCGGUGACUCCUGCCACGACUUCGCCUAAAAAAAAUAACGUUUUUAAAAUGAAAACGGUUUACCCGCCAAAUAUGAUGGAUAUUAAUAAUUCAUCCGUUAGAAAUAAUAGUUUUGAUUCUAAUCCAUCCUCUUCCGGUUCGGAUAACGAAUUAAAAGAACAAUGGGAAAAAGAUUCGGAUAAUAAUUUUUGGAAAUGGCUGGAAUUUCAUUUCGUAGAAGAAAAUAUUGUUAAAGAUUUAAAAAAUAAGGACGAUUGGAAAAUUCAAUAUCAAGCUUUAGAACAUUUAAAAAAAAUUUUGGAAAAUCCUUUAAGCGUGGAAAAAAUGAAAAACGUUGAAAAUUCAAUUUUAAUAAGUUCUUUGUUUAAAUGUUUGCUCUACAAAUUUCCAGAGGAUCACAAUCAGCAAAUAACAACGUUAUCAUUAUCAAUCGUUAAUAAACUCAUUGAAAUUUUACCAAAAGACGUUAUCCGGAAAAAUAUAGAUAUAAUAGUUCCAGGAUUAUGUUCUUUUGUUGCUGGAUUUCGAAACGUCAACAUUAAAAUUGAAUCCGUUCAAACAUUGAAAACUUUAUUUAACACUUUGGAACCUUCGACUAUAAUUAACGUUCUCAUUGGUAAAAAUUGUUUAUUUUCUUCUAAAACAAAGCUCAGAGAGAAUGCUCUUUUGGCCAUAAUAUACGCAACGAUGACUUUUCCAAGCAGUUAUUUCGACGUCGAUAAAAUACUGGAGAAGGUAACGGAUUCGACAGCGGAUUCCAGACGACGAGUAAGACACGGAGCUUUAGAGGCGAUUGCCGUCCUUGCACAAUUUUCCUCACCCAAAACGAUCGCGGAUAACAUAAGCAGAAUCGGUGAUAAAAUGCCGACAUCUUUGACGAAAGCCGAAUUGACUGCCGCCAUUCAAGCUCGAUUAUCCCGACGAGUCCUUCCGUCGAUUUCAAACGAGGGCCUUGUUUUAUAUGCUUUACAAAUUCCAGCGUCGAAAAGAUUUGGAAUUCCGGGAAAUCCCAUGGGUGCUGACGUCGAUUGGAUUCUUUCCGGAUCAGGUUCCAUUUCGACGGGAUCGGCAAAGACAAAAACACAAUUAAAUGCAGCUUCAAGGUUGGAUGUUAAACCUUCGACUCCACUUUCCCCCAACAAAUGGUCAUCGUCCAAGGGAACAAGUAAAAAUCCAACAAAUCACGUUGAUGAUGUUCGCACAACAACAACAACAACAACAAAUCCUUGGACGAUACAAAAAAAUAAAAAAGAAUUGAAAGAUAUGAAAGAAGAUAAUAAUAAUAAUAAUAGUAAUGAAACAAAGGAAACAAAUGAUAAUGAUAAAAAGGAAAAUAUUGAAAGGAGUGAAGAAGAAGAAGAAACUUGGGCACUUGUACCAUUAUCAGCAUUGGUAAGUAUUACAACACUUUAA